AUGUAUAUUUUUCUACACCCAGAUGAUGCACUUCGUCAAGAUACAACUUUUCCAUCUGGUUUAGUAGAAGAAGAAACUGUUACUCUUCGAAGUUCCAAUGUUGAGAUUAGUGAUGCCAGAUACCUUGACUUGUUAAAACAUGAAGGACAGAAUGAAGGGAAAAAGACACAGACUUUGUCAACAGCCAUCACUCAACACACUGGACGUUAUGGUAGCAACCACUGGUUCAGACUUGGAUUGGACCUUCAGCAGAAGAAUGCUCCUGUAGAGCCAAUGCAUGCAAUUAAGGUAGUAGCAGAACACAUCAUCAAGCUUAUCAAUGGCGAUGAGGACAACGUUAAAGUGAGAGCAGCUGAAAGAUCUUGUGGUAGAAGUACCGAGUUGUGUCCAGAUGCUGUAUACAGAAUAUAUGCACAGGAGAAGAAGACCAUUGGUCAGAAAAGGUCACGAAAAGAGCAAACCUCUUCUGAAGAUGUAGUUGAGACUAAAUUUCCAAAGAACCAACUGCCUCAAGCUCCCUAUGUGUUGACACCAACAGAGAAGCACCAAGCAGACCAAAGACUUAACCAGUUGAGAGUGCCCCUAAAUUUUGGUGUUGUUCCUACAACUCUUUUUACGAAAAUUGUUGGAGGAACAAAGAGCCAUACAUGGUUACAGCUAUUCACCACUGGUAUGGUGAGAUUCUGUAUAAGGGAUAUGCUUGGUGAGCCACAAAGAGCAGCAUUGGUAAACUUUUUAUGUUUAUUGGAAGAGGCAUAUGGUUCCACUGUAGAUAUGGACAAAUUUGACGAUUUUGAGAAGCGGUGGCAUCAGGGUUUAUGCAUGCUGGAAAGAGAUUUUCCAGUUUCUCUCCAGACUUUCUACUUCCAUCUUUUGCACCACUUGCCCCAGUAUAUAAGGAUGUAUGGUCCACCAAAGAACUUUUGGAUGUUCCCGUAUGAGAGGUUCAAUCAUACGUUGACAGAAGCAAUCUCUAACAACCAACACCCAGAAGUCAGUGCUGUGAAAAAAAUUGAGGUACAAUGGUUACUCUCCAUGUUGGAGCACAGUGGUUUUUUGGAACCACUGAAGAAGGCAGCAAAGUUUAUAGAGAGCAGUCUAUAUCCUGGAAGACACAAUCCAGUGACACGUCAUGCCUCUCCAGAGGAAUUAGUAGGCAUACAUGCCUACUUCAAGGAAAGAUCUGUUUCCUCACUCAUAACUACCUUCCACCAUGCAAAAACACCAAAAGGUAGUUACCGGGAUACAUCCAUCGAGAGUGACACACAAAAGGAAAGAGGGUCUAUGGUGAUGUUUAGUAACUGUAUUGGAUCCAUUUCAAUGUUCUUCAGUUGUAGUGGUGAAGAUCUUGCCUUCAUAAGCUGGCUAGGUUAUCUAGAUUAUGAUAUUGGUUCUAGGUGUUAUUUUGUUAAAGCUAGCAUGAACUUUCCAAAUUGUGUUGUACCUGUUAAAGAUGUUUCAGCCCCACUGUUGUAUGCUGAGGAAAAUGGGGUCAUUUGGAUACCCAAACUUCCAGACUUGUAAAUGACAUGUAUGCCUUGUGGGUUGACAUUCGUCAGUUAUUAAUUCUAAUAUGUUGUUUUUGUUUAUCAUUUCUUUUGUGAAUAUUUAACAGAUAUAUCAUGUUAAGAAGGGGUAUUUUUAAAAAAUACAAGUCGAGAGAUUGUUUAAUUUCGUGAGCCGUAAGGCGAAGGAAAUUCAUUCUCAAGACUGGUAUUUUUUGUAAAUAUUCCUCAAGAACAUGCUAUAUCUUUUUAAUUACACCGAAUGUUAAUGUUCAAAAACGCAUUGAUGAUCAUGACGUUACAAGCGUCCAGUCGGAUAAAGUAUUUUUUAAACCCAGAAUUCUUA